GGUUUGCCUUUCAUCUUCUCUUUUCGUCGUUGCUGUUCGGCUUCGUUGCUUUGAGGUGUUUAGAUUGCACGCGUCGCUUCUUCGGCUCCUUCGUGGCUAUUCGACUUCGCUCCUUGUCGGUAGCUCGCUGGCUGAGAAGCCCAUAGGGAGUUUUAGGUCUUGAUGCGUAUCCAACCACGAGGAGAAUGGUGCUAAGAAUGCCAAUCGGACCAUCUGAGGUUCUCUAGGGUUUUGCGUUCAGCCAUGGCCGUCGGGAAAAUCAUCAUCGUCAUCGGUGCAGGCAUAAUUGGGUCAGUUUUGUCAAAGGAAGGGGGCUUAUCAGAUGCCACGAACUUCUUUUCUAGUGCUUUGAAGAUUGUCACGAAGCAUCUGCAGCAAGAUAAAGAUGGUUCUCGAUCUACUCCCAAACCAAAGACUGACACUCUUCUAGCUCAGGUUAGUAGUCUUCGAAAAGAACUGCAACUUUUGGCAUCUUCCAGAUCAGUUACAAUAGUAACUAGUACCAGAACAGGUUCUCGUGCUUAUGGGGUCACAAUUGUCGUAGUUGUUGGGUGUUUGGGAUAUGGAUAUGCGUGGUGGAAGGGCUGGAAGCUUUCCGAUAUGAUGUUUGCUUCAAGACGUGGUUUCUCUGAUGCGUGUUCCUCUGUAGGAAAGCAGUUUGAGUUUGUUUCUUCGUCAAUUACAUCUGCCAAGCGUCAUUUAUCUUCAAAGAUUGACGUAGUUGAUAAUGGAUUAGAUGAGAUGAAAGAACUUAAUGCAGCCACCAAAAAUGAGGUUAUGCUAUUGCAUGGUGACACAAGUCUAGUUCAUUUAGAUGUUGAAUCUGUUACUCGUGCUGUCAGGAAUCUGGAGUCAAAGAUGGAUCUGAUAGAUGAUGGCCAGAAUUUUGCAGGCAGGGGAUUAUAUGCACUUUGUAAGUUGGCUGAAGGAUGUCAGCUUAAAAUGAAUAAGAAAACUUUUCAGGAGUCCGCUUCCAGUUCACGGCCAGCCAUCGAGCAACCACAAACUUUGGGGGCCUCAAGAACAAGCUCCCUGCCACCUUUAUCCUUGGAAUCACCGUCACCCUCUUCAACCGAGUCUCCUAAGGUUCUUCGCCCAUCAAUAACCAUAUCAGCUGGGGGCCUGAAGGAGCUACAGGAAGUGUCUAAUCCUAUACGGUUAGGGAACCCAAGAACUAGUCCAAGAAUUCCUUCAAAGGCAGCAAAUUCUCCUUCUGAACCAAACAGUGCAGCUUCCUCAUCAGGCCGUUCUGUUUGGAAGCUACCUGGUAUUACUGCUCUAACUAGAAGCUGGAGCAAUGCAGGCUGAUGCAGCUUCUAGCUUUAUUAAGAAUGAUAACUUCUUCUUUUCUUUUAUUUACUUAACCAAUUUAUAGUUCCUUCGAGGAAAGUUGCUCUAAAAUUGUUAUUAUCAUCUGAGCACAGUUUUUGUAAGUUGCAACCAUAUUCUAUUCAUGUAUAGGGUAUUACUGUUUGUGGGUCGAGUUGUUCACAAGCCAAGUUUGACUGAGCCAAAAAUUUUUAUUUACGUUCAGUUCCUUAAAAACAUGAAGGGCUCACAGCGACCUAUUCUUUUCUUUCUUUUAAUGAAGACGCUGUUAGAUUGUCUUGUUGUGAUGCUGCAAUAUGUGCUGAAUGUAAGCCCGAAAUAAUUAAAGC